AUGCGGGCUGACGCUGAGUGCAAGCGCCGCUUCCGGAAGAGCGGCACCACCGCCACGCUGGCCGUGGCCUGCGGCUGGGAGCUUGUUGUGGCGUCUGUGGGGGACAGCUGCGCCUACCUGGACACGGGCCGUGAGAUCCUGCUCGUGUCGGCCAACCACCGCAUCGACGAAAACGCGGACGAGCGCGCGCGCAUCCUUGCGGCAGGCGGGGAGAUCGCGCCGUCCAGCGUGGAGGGCGUCCCCGCGGGCCCCCAGCGCGUGUGGCCGGGCGGCCUGGCCAUGAGCCGCAGCAUCGGCGACCGCGAGGCCGGGGACCUGGUGCCCGCGGCCCCAGAGGUCCGCCAGAUCACGCUGCCCACCAGCGGCGCGCGCCUCGUCAUCGCCAGCGACGGCGUGUGGGACCAGGGUCUCAGCGCCAAGAGCGUCGUCGGCGCCGUGCGGCGCGACAACGCGGCGGCGGCGGCGCACAAGAUUGCCAUGAGCGCGCUCAAGCGCAAGGGCCUGCGCGAUGACAUCACUGUGAUCGUCGUGGACUUCCUGCCGGCAGGCAGCGCGCCGGACGCAAAGUGGGCGCCCGGCGGCGGCGCGUCGUCGGAGGUGCGCGUGCAGCACUACCGGCCGCUGGAGACAGCCUCCACCAGCUGGCGGGGCCACCUCGCCGCGCGGCGCGCGGAGGCCGUCGAGCUCGUGCGCGCUGCACAGCGUGCGGCGCAGAGCGACGAGGCGCACCCGCAGGCGUCGCCCGAGGGCACAGAGGCAACCGCCGCCGCUGCUGACGGCGCUGCAGACUCGGCGGCGGCCGACGCCGGCGGCGCUGGUUCUUACCACGACCUCGCGUGCCUGGUGGUGGACGUGUCUGACCCGGCCGCGCUGCUGUCAGAGGUGCAACGCCAGGACAGGGAGGAGGAGGAGGAGCGCCAGCGGCAGGCCGCGGCCGCCGCGGCCGACGAGUGGACCGAGGUGGGGGCCGGCAAGUCGCGCGUCAACGUGGAGGCCGAGCUGCGCGCGGCCGCCAAGCGCGGCGGCGGCAGGGGCGCGCGGGGCCGCGGCUCAGCGGCCGGCGCUCGCCCCUCCGGCCGGUUUGGGGGCCGCGGUGGGCGCGGCCCGCGGCGCGACGAGGACGGCGCUGCUGCCAGCUCCUCUGCUGGAGCGGAGCCUGAGCAGCAGCAGGAGGGACUGGCGGCGGCACCCGAGCAGCAGCAGGGUGUACCGCUCAGCGCGGCGGUGUCGCCCGACGGCGCGCAGCAACCGCACCCCCAGAGUGGCUGA